GGCGGAAAUAUUUUUUCGCUGUUCAAAAUGGCAGCGUCUCAAUCAGGAAGUGGAGAAAACAACUACGAAGAAUAAGUUGGAUAAAAUUCCCUAUUUCUGUUACUUUGACGCGAGUCUUCGAUCAAAAUCAGGCCGUGAGUUCGGGGUUUGGUUUGAGAAUAGGAAACACAUCAACGGUCAUGGACAGCAUUUGCCCUUGUUAAAAGCCCUAUUUCACACACAGCCAGCACGUGAGUGGUGGUCGGAAAGUCCAUAGUUUAAGUCUGCUGGUGGUCAUGAGUGAAGCUGUGGUCUGAUGCCCACCCUCACCUCAGCAAUGGCCAUGGACGGGGAGAACUACCUGCAUCCAGAAGGCCCUCAGGUGGACAACAGCUUGUUCUCUGUAACCCCCUCUAGCAUGGAGAGUUCAAUAUUUCCCACCCCCACUACCUGGCCCCUCUCUUCUCACCAGAGUGGAUACAGCAUACACUGCCCUAUGCAGUCUGGAAAUCAGCAGUACCACUUAAACGGCAGAGCUUUCACCAACAUUCCAGAUAUGCCAGUGGAUAUGUACCCGGGAAUCUCUGACAUGGACUUUCCCAGCCUCAACUUCUCUAGGAAUGGAGAGUUCACCCAGGACCUGCCCUGCCUUGAUGACAUCUCCACAAACUCUCUGUUCUCCUCUCCGACUGACUCACUGUCGGAGUAUGCUGAUACCCAGUCCUUCAUCAAUGCAGAGAACCUGGACACAGUGCCCACAAUCUGGGACGUCAGCACUAGUACCACCACACCAGCACAGAGCCAGUUAGAGCAGAAUGGCACCAGCAGGUUUCAAGGCUUGGCAAGUUUGGAGGAUAUAUCUGCUAUUAUCAGCACCCCACCUUUAGGAGGAUUCCAGCCUCAGACAACCCAGGCAGCAACAGAAGAGGAAGAGGAGGCUGAGGAAGAAGAAGCAGAGGAACUGGGACAUGUAGACACAUAUGCUGAGUACAAACCUUCCAAAUCCACUAUAGGAAUUUCUCAUCCUGACAUAGUGGUGGAAACAAACACUCUAUCCAGUGUCCCUCCUCCUGACAUCACAUACACUCUGUCCAUCCCUGAGUCAACUAUUAAAAACGGUCUGCUGUCUGCUCUGCAGCUAGAGGCUAUCAUAUACGCCUGCCAGCAACAUGAAGUGAUCCUCCAAAACAAGCAGAGGGCAGGCUUCCUGAUCGGAGAUGGGGCAGGGGUCGGAAAGGGACGCACUGUGGCAGGAAUCAUCCUGGAGAACUACCUUAAGGGAAGAAAAAAAGCACUAUGGUUCAGCAUAUCCAAUGACCUGAAAUUUGAUGCAGAGAGAGAUCUCAAAGACAUAGAUGCACCGAAUAUUCCUGUGCAUGCUUUAAACAAGAUAAAGUACGGUGACACAGCUACCUCAGAAGGAGUCUUGUUUGCAACUUACUCUGCACUGAUUGGAGAGAGCCAAGCAGGAGGGCAGCUUCGGACGAGGAUCAAACAGAUCCUGGAUUGGUGCAAACCAGAAUUUGAUGGAGUUAUUAUUUUUGAUGAAUGCCACAAAGCCAAGAAUGCCACAUCUACAAAGAUGGGCAAAGCAGUUCUUGACCUGCAAAGCAAGCUGCCGCAUGCCAGGGUGGUGUAUGCCAGUGCCACAGGUGCCUCUGAGCCAAAGAACAUGAUUUAUAUGAGCCGACUAGGAAUUUGGGGUGAGGGCACACCCUUCCGAACCUUUGAUGACUUCCUGCAUUCCAUUGAGAAGAGAGGUGUCGGGGCCAUGGAAAUUGUGGCCAUGGACAUGAAAGUGAGUGGGAUGUACAUUGCCAGACAGCUGAGCUUCUCUGGGGUGUCUUUCCGCAUUGAAGAGAUCGGGCUGGACAGUGACUUCAAAGAGGUCUAUAAUAAAGCUGCCAAACUGUGGGCCGAGGCGUUGAAAACGUUCAUGCAGGCAGCUGAUGAACUGGGCAUGGUCAGCAGGAAGUCUCUUUGGGGGCAGUUCUGGUCGUCUCACCAGCGAUUCUUCAAAUAUCUCUGUAUCGCUGCCAAGGUCCGCUCCUUGGUGGAGCUGGCCCAGAAAGAGCUGGAGGCUGGAAAGUGCAUCGUUAUUGGACUCCAGUCUACCGGAGAAUCGCGCACCAGAGAAGUCUUGGAUGAAAACGACGGGCAUCUGGACAGAUUUGUUUCUGCAGCCGAGGGAGUAUUCCAGUCUCUUGUAACAAAGCAUUUCCCUUCAGAGAAGCAAAGCAGGGAAAAAGCUCCAAGUAACAAGAGAAAACGGAAACCCAGAGGUCGCCAGCCCAAAGUACCCAAGCACAGUGUGGACAACAGCGGUGUGAUCAACAUCAUCACUGAUGACAGCAGUAGUGACUCCGAUGGCAUAGACACAGACUCUAACUCUUCACCAGACUCCUUGCUAGAUAAUGACGACGUCAUCUUUGUGAACCAGACUAGCUACCAGACAGCCAGAAUAGAGGAAAUGAAGCAGGACCUCCUCAACAAAAUAGCAGAACUGGGAAAAGAACUACCUCUCAACACAUUGGAUGAGCUCAUUGACAAGUUUGGUGGACCAGAUAAAGUCUCUGAGAUGACUGGUCGUAAGGGUCGUGUGGUGCGACGGCCUGACGGCACUGUCCGUUAUGAGUCACGAGCUGAGCAAGGGCUUACGAUUGACCACAUCAAUCUCAAGGAGAAAGAUCGCUUCAUGAGUGGAGAGAAGUUGGUGGCCAUCAUCUCAGAAGCAGCAAGCUCUGGGAUUUCCCUGCAGGCAGACAAGAGAGUGAAAAACCAGAGACGCAGGGUUCACAUGACCCUGGAGCUGCCUUGGAGUGCAGACAGGGCUAUUCAGCAGUUUGGUCGGACUCAUCGGUCAAAUCAGGUGACAGCCCCUGAGUACAUCUUUCUCAUCUCAGAGUUGGCUGGGGAGAGACGUUUUGCCUCCAUUGUGGCUAAGAGACUAGAGAGUCUGGGUGCAUUAACCCAUGGAGACAGAAGAGCCACAGAAUCCAGAGACCUGAGCAGAUACAAUUUUGAGAACAAGUACGGUACCAAGGCUCUGGAUAAAAUUACCAAAGCAAUUCUUGGCUUCAUAGAUAACAAGGUGCCCCCUCCCAAAGGCUACCCAGGGGGUGAUGCCAUGUUCUUCAGAGACAUGAAAGCUGGAAUGGUUGAUGUUGGGAUUUUAUGUAAGGAGCCCCGCAUUGGAAACAACAAUGAGAAAGACUGCAGCAUUACAAAGUUCCUAAAUCGCAUCCUGGGUCUGGAGGUCCACAAACAGAACCAUCUCUUCCAAUACUUUACUGACAACUUUGACUAUCUCAUUGAGAAGGAUAAAAAGGAGGGCAAAUAUGACAUGGGAAUCCUAGACCUUGCCCCAGGUAACGAUGAGAUUUAUGAGGAGACACAGGAAACUUUCUUGACAGCUGGAAAUCCUCAGGAUGGCCAGGUUGUUCUGUACAAGAUCAGUGUGGACAGGGGCAUGCCCUGGGAUGAGGCCUACAAGAAGUCACUGAACCUCAGCGGGCAUGAUGAGGGAUUCUACCUGUCUGUGAAGCUUCGAGGUAACUAUCCAUGUGUGCUGCUAGCUGAGCAAGGAAGAGGAAAGAACUUUGUGGUCUAUAAGCCCAACAUCGGCAAGCAGACUCACCCUGAGAGUCUGGAAAAACUGCACCAAAAGUACAGGAAGGUGACCCCUGAGGAAGCCAGGGACUGCUGGGAGAACCAGUUCACCUUCUCCUUCAAGAAAUGCAGUCACGCUAACUGGAAUGGGAAGUGUAAGAAAAUUGAGGAAGGCCAGGAGUGUCUGCAGGGCAUGCGCCUCCGUCAGUAUCACAUGCUGUGUGGAGCUCUGUUACGAGUGUGGAAGCGCGUCUCUGAUGUGGUGUCUGACAUCACCAACAGCAGCAUCCUGCAGAUUGUCCGCCUUAAAACAAAGCAGCAUAACAAACAAGUCGGUAUCAAGAUCCCAGAGACCUGCGUUCCUCGUGUACGGGACGAGCUCCUACAGAUGGAUGACGAAGUGAAGAAGAGGCGAAAAGAGAAAGAGCAGGCUGCUGAGAAUGAGCGCAAGCGGAAGAAUGAGUACCUGCAGGGGCACAGACAGCUCGUGGAAAAUCUAACCAACCACAAAACCAUGCAUACCCAGUCCCUCACUCAGCCUUUCGACCCGAGAUUCCCACUCCAACACAGAAUGCAUCCCCAAGCCCAGCCCACCUUACCACACCUCAGUUCAGCCCUCUUGACCUUACCGAUAAAUUCUAGCCAAACCCAGCAAAGGACCCAUAACAGCUGGUCCAACAAUUCGAGUUCCUUCUCCAACACCAACCAGAGCUCUCUGAACAACUCAGUUGGCCUCAAUCUCCCACAGUUUUACUCAUCCGCCUACAUGAACACUUUUCAGCAAACGAAGAACCUGCCUCCACUCCAUCAGACCAAGCAGCCUUCCACUUUGUCUUCCAAAAAUCCUUUCGACGAUAUCUUAGACCUUACCAUGAGCUCUCCGUCUCCCUCUCCAGACACCACAGAGGGCGGACUCAAUCUGGAAACUCUGACAAGCAACUCUGCAGCAUUUGCAGAUGAUUUUAAUCUAGAGUCUCUCAUCUCUCAGACUGCACCAAACGCCCAGCAUGCUGCACAAGUGCAGCUGCCUCUCAUGCUGCAGCAGCCUCUACAGGCCUCGCAGCAGCAACAGCAGCAGCAGCAGCAGAACCACAACUUGCUGGCCAAUAAUCACCAUGACUUGUUAGAUUAUUUUGACAUAUCUCUUUCCCCUCAGAUGCCCACACAGAAAGCCAGCCCUUCGUCUUCUACCUCCUCCUGCUCUUCCUCCACGUCCUCCACCUCUUCUGUGUCAAACAACAUGGGUUCUCUCUUCUCCAACCCAUCGCCCAACUCUUUGUUUUCCGGCUCUUCCUCUCACUUCCCCCCAGCCUAUCUCCUCUCAUCAUCAGACUCUGUUCCCUUACCCAACGGCAACUGCAGCUCCGGCGCUCUUGACGUCCGCGAGGCUUUGAACAGCAUGCUACAGGCCGGACCGGACCGCAAAUCUGUCAUUCAGUACAGGCCGCAAGAGUGAGAGCUCGACGGGCUCGUCUGGACUUUAUCUUUAGUUUUUUUCUUGUUGUUUUGUUUUUGUUAUGUCUCUUAGAGCAGAUGGCGUCUUGUUUGCUGCUGUCUUUGAUCGCAACCUUGGACCUACUCCCUCUCCCCUCAGGGCCUAUAGUCAAGUCACUGCCUGUCCUGCGUUGGGCUCACCCUUCUCUUUAUCCAUGUGUAGCGUUCACUUGCUUUAGGCUGUUGAGGUAACGACGGGCUCGAUCAAUAUUCAAUUUCUGCACCAAAGUGUGUCCUCCACGGUAAAAGGCAGCUGUUUAAAAAUAAAAGGAGAUGGAUGGGGGGGAGGAAAAAAAGAGGACGGGAUAACUUUAUUUUAUUGAACAUACGAGCUGUUGAGGUGCGGAAAUCUCUAAUAAACCUCCUGCUGCUGAUUUUUCUCGAGGUAUGAUUGGUGAGUUGCUGGAAGCUCUAAAUGCCUUUCACUAGUUAAAACCGCAUCUUUAAACUUUGCUUUACUGUUACUACAUUCACGGCUGUAUGCAAGGCUUUGGUUUGAGUGAAACACGAGGUAGUCGAACUGGAAGACGCAUGAAAUCUUUUAGCUGAUUAGCCAUGAAAUGCCUCAGAUUUCCUUUUUUUAUUUUUCCUUUCCCUUCUACGCACUCCCUCUUGUUUCUCUCCCUGCUUGUAUGAACACUAGUGUGAGGAAAAAAGGGAGAGGAAGAGCAGCCUGCUGUUGCAAACAGUGCCUUUGGAAAAAGUCUUUAAAUGCAGUCUUUAAAAUCCAUGUAGCCUAAUGUAUAGAUUUGUACUCCUGAGCGUUGGUUUCAAUUUUAAUUUAAUACGGUGUAUUUGUAUGAAACUUUUGGGGCCCUUGGUGAGUCAGGCAGUCAUCGUUUGUGUUACACUAUGCUGGUGUUGGGUUUCAGGAAGACGCCUCCUUUGAGCCUGCAUGUGCUUGUGUGAUUGUCUUUGUAGCUGUCCACAAACUUUUAUCUACACCCCUUUCUCCCCCUUUAAUUUCACGUGAUUCCCAUUUUUGUUUUGGAAAUCCUCAGGAAAAUCUUAUGUAUUUUUUUUUAAUCUUUCUGUGUGGAUGUGUCAUUUUUUGACCAACACUGAUACCCGAACCUGUUCACCGUCUCUAAUUCUAAAGGAUCACAAAGAAUUUCUGUUGUUCUGAAAAGAAAGCCCCCCCGUCUCUUUGCUGAUAUCAGAGUAAUUUAUUGUUUCCUCUUGAGCACUGGUUUUCACAUGAAUUCAACCUAUACUAAAAAAGAAAACAUCCAAUUUCCAUUUGAGGCUCUAAAAACUUUUGACAGAUGUGUGUACAUGUGUAUGAUAGUACAUAUUUAAAAACCUGUGAGGUCUGGCCAUGUUUGUGUGAUGCACUGUAGUUGGUUUGUGACAAAAUGCGCGGAGGAGUUAAAGCGAUCAAAAAGCAAUAAAAACCAUAUUAUAUGUUUGUUAUGAAACAGAAACGCUUCAGUACUGUUUACCCUCAACAGGCAAAGCUUUUUGGUUACCUUUGCAUGGUGUGAAUCGUCUUUAUUUCUAUUAUGCUUUGAAAUCUUUUAGUUAAACACAUUUUAAAUUCAUUGUUAUUAAAAAAAAGUUAUUUGUUAUUUAUAUUUAAGGGAUAUUUAGAUUUUAGAUACAUUAUCUUGCUUAUUGUAAUAGUUAAGGACAUGUUUGGUCAGGGAAGUUACUCGUUUUCAAGAUUGCUAUAAAACAAAUUCUAUUAUUACCUGCCACCAAAUAAGAUUGCACUGUUCUGUACUGCUGUACAGCGUCUGGAUUUAUUUCUGCUCGUUUUACUUUUGCUUUUCUCAAACACAAUUGUUUCUCCCACUCGUAGAGCUUUUUUUUUCUGCUGUCAGGCCUUCAGUUUGCAGAGAGAUACCAAAGUAUUCCACAGGCACCCCUAAAGUUACUGGCUCUAAGAUAUCAGACAUUUUAUCAAUCUCAGGAAGAAACCUACAGGAGGCGUAACGUCGGGGCGUUAGCAGAAAUAUAUCAGUUCCCCUUUUAAUGAUGACGAAACUAAUGAGUAUAUGUGCUAUUUUUUCUUAACUCUGUGCUGUGACUCUUGCUGUAUUUAUGUUUUAGACUUAAUGUGAUGGGUUUGUUGUUUGUCCUUGUGAAAAUGUCAGUGGUUCUAAAUAUUUAUGCCUUCUUAGGGCAAAGAUCAAAGGCUGUUUCUUUUAAGAAACAUUACUUUUCUGUGGACAGUUUUGUUUUUUUUCUUCGAACCAUGUUAACGCUGACCCGUUCUCGCGUCGACUCACACCUGGGUUAUACUAAAACGUGCAAUUAAUCUGUCCAAGCCUUCACCCCUCCCCGCUUCUGUGUUUAGGGUUUAGGAUGACUGAUUCGUUGUUGUUUUUUCUGUGUGCAGAAUAAUACUGCAGCAUGCCCUUCGUUUCGCUUUUAAUAAUAUUCGUCAGGCACAUUCCCAGACGCCAGUCUGCAAACGUUUUGCCUUUGAUUUUGUUUUUUGUUUUUAUAGUCACGGAAAUAAAGCUUUAUGCAUUUGAGGGAUAUGGACAGCAGUUUUUAGGAAAAAUAAUUCGUCAUUCGUUUAGUUAGGCCUGUAAUCAUUUUUAUCAUUUUGCACUAAGAAUGGCAUAAUCAAGUUACUGUUCUCCUGUUGGUUUUGAUUGAGCGUCGCACGCUUGAUGUGUUUCUGUUCUUCAGUGGAUUGCUCUGUGUAUACUGUAACCAUCUUUCUUGUUUCUCCCACCAGUUGCAUAUAUAUAAAUGUUAUCACCUUCAAAUAAUUUAUUGCUAACAAAAAACAAAAUGAAACAAAAAAACAUGCUACUGAUUGUAUGUAUUUUUAAACAAAGCCUAUUUUUCCUGUAAAAACAAAACUGUGUUCAGCACUUUUAUUCUGGGUUGUGCUUUUGUUUUCUAUAUAUUUAUAAUUUAGAUCCAAAUGUAUAUAUUGUAAAAUUUGUGCCUUUCAACUAAUUCUUAAAAAAAAAAAAAGUUUUCUACUUAUUAAAGGAAGGACGAUAUAAAAUUGCGGUCUUUGAAAACAGAUUAAAAACUUGAAGAUUGCUCAAACUGA